AGUAAAAUUGGAAGAGAUCGCUGCAGAUGAUUAUGAAGAGAUACAUGAUGGCUUCACUUACGCACCAAAAGAAGGCAAAAAAAGGCAUAGACGAAAGCAGAAGGAAGGAUUCUCUAAUGAAGAAGACGGUCAUAAAAGGGAAAAGAAAAAGAAUAAACAGAAUGCUGAGUAUUCCUCUUGUAGGGAAGAAUCCUCUGUAGAUGUUUGGGACUCUCAGAAAAGUUACAAGAAAAGAAAAAGAAAAGAAGUUAGCAGAAGAAAUAGCCUCACAGAAGGUAAGGAAGAGAGUCCUACUGACCAAUCUAAAAAGCUUAAAAAAACAGAGAGAGAGAAACAGUUGGCAGCAAAAAAGAAGGAUGAAAAGCAGACAAAAGCCACUGCAGCAAAGAUGUCUUUAGAACAGGCAAGUAAGAGCUCUUCUCUAAAUUCUGGUAAAGAUAACACAAAAAAAAUCACAACACGGUUAAGAAAAAAGAGUGUGAGAUCUUCAGAUUCCUCCAGCACGUCAUCUGACAGUGACAGCAGUGAAUUAAAUGUAAAGCAAAAUAAAUCUUCUCGUAAACCUGUAGAGGCAGCACUUCUCAAAGACAAAUCCCAAGCUGCUGCAAAUUCUGAUGCAAAACCUAGUGUUUCUGAUAAAAUGACUGUAAAAUCUCACACUGAAAAUUCCACUAAGACUGCGAUUAGUAAAAAUGCUAAAAAAUCCCAGUCCUCUACUUCAGAUUCUGACUCGAGUACAGAGGAUGAAGAAGCGGCAACAGCGCGAGACAGUGCAAAGGAAAAGUCACUGCCAAACAAUGCGGCAGCUGUAAAAGCCAGUGCCACCAAGGCUCCCAAAGCAACGACCUCCUCUUCAGAGUCCGACAGCUCAGAUUCAGAAACGCUUGUUAUUAAAAAACCCACAGCAAAUGCUGGACUGAGUAAUUCCGUAGUAAGGAACGGUACUAAACAGUUGCCAACCAGUAUUCAAGGACCACUUGCCAGCUCAGGUCGUGGAAGGGGGCGUGGAACAGGAGAGGAUAACUUCUGGAGAGGACCUAGGGGCCGUGGGUUUCGUGGGAUGAUGAGGGGCCAAGGCCGUGGGAGAGGAGCAAACCCGGGCUUCUUCUAUAACUACAGCAGUGAAGGCCCGAAACAGAGGCCGUUAAAUGAAGCUGUGACAAACACUUCUGUUCUUGUCCAGAAUCCUGUGGAGGUCCCCAAGCGAGACUAUAGCAUGUUACCUCUUCUGGCUGCUCCACCACAAGUGGGAGAAAGAAUUGCCUUUAAGCGCUUGGAACUAACGGAAAAUUACAGUCCUGAAGUUUCAGACUACAAGGAAGGAAAAAUAAUCGGUUGGAACGCUGAUAAAAAACAGAUCGAGCUUGAGAUCCUUUCUUCCUCAGCGGGACAAGCUGCUAAAGAGCCAGGGAAGUUCGAUCUGGUUUACCAGUCUGCAGAUGGAGCAGAACUGAUCGAGUACGCUGUUUCUCAGGACACAAAGAUAACCGAAAGUUGGGAUGCGCUGAUAGAGCCCAGAUUGAUCAUUGAGCCUCCAGUUAACGGAUCCAGCACUGAAAGUGGAACAAUCUAAGAUGUGAACAAAUGUAAAUAAUUGUAUGGACUUGUUUUGUGAAAUGCUGCCUUCUCCUUCAAGGGCAGCACAUGCACUGGUGGAUAUUUUUAAGAAAUGGUUUUAAGAAGAA